AUGGCACACGGAAAUGCUUUCUUCUUCCAGAUGAUCAUCCUCGCGCUGAUAGUUGUCAUUCUCGACGCGUUCUCCGGUGUUUCUGCAGCUAGUAUAGUCGACGAACCCAACAUCAGCAGCACCUCCAGCAACUCGCAUCGGGACCUCAUCCGGCCAACAAGACAUCACCAGCUCGCACAGGCUGGAUCUCGCUUUCGCAGCAUCCCAUCUACGCGUCCAGCCUCAGCUUCCGAUCUUGUCCUCGCCAACACUGUCGUUCUCACAACGGUGGAAGGCGGCCUCUUUGCGCUCAACCGCGAGACCGGCAAACAGCUCUGGUCGCUCUCACCACACUCCAGCCACGAAUCCGACUCGCUCCUUCGUCCGCUUGUGACAGCUCUGUACGGCAAAGAGCAAAAGUCGUUUGCCGACAUUGCGCAAGGUGGUCGCUCUUUCGCAUCGCCUUUCAGUGACGCCUCGCCUCUACUCGAGACGGGAGGCAUCUACAUCGUCGAGCCAUCCUCGGCCGGCGACAUCUACGUGCUCUCCUCUGCUGGUGGAAAGGCGGACUCUGCCUCUGUCGCCAGCGGCGAUCCUGGCAGUGUCCAAUUGGACAAGCUGCCGUUGACACUACCGCAGCUCGUUGAGCUCAGUCCCUUCUCUUUCGCCGGCGACGAUACGCGCGUCUUCGUGGGACAGAAGCAAACUACGCUCGUCGAGCUCAAUAUCCAGACAGGCGAGCUAGGCGCCGUCUUUGGAGGUCGGCAGGCAGGUGUUUGGUGCGGCGCGCAAGCACAUGAUCUGGACCCAGCUCGCGUCAGUCCACAACAAAGCGACGGCUACCCAAGCGCAGAGUCAUGCAUCGACGACGAGCCAAACUUGUCAGGCUCCUCAUCCAAAUCGACCUCUCAGCUCGCGUACAUCGGUAGAACCGACUAUACCCUGAGCAUCCACUCUCGCAGUUCCCCAGAGGCUUUGCAGACGCUGCAUUUCAGCACCUUUGCACCUAACGCAGGCGAUCGAGAUGUGCAAGCCCUUUGGACACAAGCGGAUCAUCCGGACCAGCGCGCCAUUCUUGGUAUGCCCGAAGAUGGCAGCGUCGUCUGCUUCAAUCUCACAGAAGCCGACCUUGCCUCGAACGACUAUGCCUCUGACGACGACGCAUCUCGAACGCUAUGGUCCGCCGAGCUGCGUGCAAGCGUAGCAGGCGUCUUUGAUGUCGUCUACCCGGCACCGCAUCUACAGAACACCAAGUCACUCAGUCGGCCAAUUUUGGUCUCCCAUCCUCCUGUUCCUCUGCAGCGCGUCUUUCCUCAGAUCAGCGAUCGACAAGCGGAAGAGGACGAAUCGUAUAGCUACCAAGAUGGACUAGCGCCACGUCGCCGCUCCGCCUAUCUGGGCAUAGCAGGGGAUAGUCUCUACGCCAUGAGCUCUCAUCGAUUCCCACUCGUCGCAUUUGCAUCCAAGGCUGCUGCUGGUCUCACGGACGGGACCAAUUCGCAAGCUGCCAGCGACAGCUGGAUGCCUAGCCUGCCCGCAUCGCAGAAGGGCUGGGCGGACGAGGGCCAACGCAAGUGUGCAUCGUUCGGCUGCUGGCUCGGAAGCUAUUCGCUGCAAGUCGACUCGAGCGCCGAAGGCAGGCUCCGCGACUCGCUCCUCGGAUCACACCCUACCCUCGAAAUUGACGGUGGCUCGCCAAGGCUAGGCAUUGGAGACCGUCCUGCCUUCGGAGAUUCUUCAUCACCAGGGAACGAUUCAGAAGGCUCGCCUCGAGACGGGUCCCCAUCGGCGUCUGCUAAGCCCUCGCAGAGCCCGAAAGGGCGGAAGAAGCCUUCGCCGAAGUCGCGAAGGCCGGGAACUCGGGGUGACGCCGACGAGACAUCGUCAGACUCCAGUCACGCUUCAGACUCUUCACCAGACCAGUCCGCGGGCAAAUCAGGUGCUGCCGAACGAAGCUGGAAAUCGCGCAUGGCAAUCCUACUGCUUCAGGUGAUCCUGGUCCUCGUCAUCGCUGUGCUCGCAGGCGCGACCUACCUCGGCCUGCAGGAACAAAAGAUUCGCACCGAGAAGCAGGCAGCCGAGAUCGCAAAAGGCGUCGUCUGGAUACCCGUGCUCAAAGAAGACGAGGCCGGCUUUGGUGGAGAGGCCAACGCCGAAAAGAUGCGCGCCGAGGAGGAGCGUCAGCUGCAACAGGCUAUCGCCUUGUCGAAUCAAGAUGCGGCGACGGCUGCUUCUUCGUCUGUCGGCACAUCUGGCUCCAAACCAUCACCAGCAAACGACGACGAGGACGACGAUGGCGAAGAUGGUCAAGAAGGGUCCAACUCCGCUUCCAAAAAGAAGUCCAACAACAACAAGCGCAGACGCAGAGGCAAGCGCGCCGGGGCUGCUGCCGCUGCUAAGGCCGCCAAGGCUAACGGCAAAGAAGGCAGUCCUGAAGCGUCAGAGGCGGGUAAUGAGAAAGCGGAGGAUGACGACGAGGCGGACCAUGAAAAGCAGGAGGCAAGCGUCAAGGCCCAAGAAGAGCCAGAAGAAGACUUCGUCCUCACAACAUCGUCAAGGCAGGCCAACGGCGCGAACAUCCAGAACGAAGUCGACGUAUCCACAUCAACGAACGUGUCCGACUCUUCUUCAUCGAACGAGAACGAGCCGCAGACGCCACGGAAACGCGAUGUGUCUCCUGAGGGCAAGCCUAAAAAGCCGAAAGGGGUGCGAACUGCAAGCUCAGCGCUGGCUGCGAGCGAUAGUCUGCAACGCGCACAGCAGCUCAUGUCACCUCAGCUCCGCUCACCAUUGCUCAACUCAGGCUGGGGCGGAUUCGAGGAGGAAGAUGCCGCCUCGGUCGGCAGAGCUGCUGCCCAAAUUGCAGCUAGCGGUCAGAGUCAAUCGGGUGGAUCAGCCUCGACCAACGGCGUUAGCACGUCUUCGCUCAGCAUCUCGGAUGAGGUGCUCGGAUACGGCUCGUCAGGCACCGUCGUCUUCCGAGGCACCUUCCAAGGCCGUGCCGUCGCCGUCAAGCGCCUGCUACGCGACUUUGUCCACGUCGCCUCGAAAGAAGUCUCGCUGCUCGAGUCAGCCGACAAUCAUCCAAACGUCAUUCGCUACUUCUACAAGGAGCUGACGCCCAGCUUCCUGUUCAUCGCGCUGGAGCUGUGCCCCGCCAGUCUUGCCGAGGUCGUGGAACGUCCUGCCGACUAUCGCGACUUGAGCAAUCUGCUCGAGCCCAAGCGUGCCCUGCACCAGAUCACCUCUGGACUGCGACAUCUGCACUCGCUAUCGAUCGUGCACCGCGACAUCAAGCCGCAAAACAUCCUGGUGGCUACAUCGGCCAACGGCAAGCACCUCAAAAUGCUCCUCUCCGACUUUGGUCUGUCGAAGCGACUAGACGGCAUGGCACAGACGAGCUUCUCGCAGACCGUCAACAACCCUGGCGGCACUGUGGGCUGGCGUGCCCCUGAGAUUCUCCGAGGCGAUGUCAAUCUCGACGCUGGGUCCGAAUCCGAGUCGUCGAUGGGCAACAAUCCAAGAGCCACCACGAGUCGCGAGGAAAAGUCACGUCUCACACGAGCGGUCGACGUUUUUGCGCUCGGUUGUCUUGCCUAUUACGUGCUAUCGAACGGGGACCAUCCCUUCGGCUCGCGCUUCGAGCGAGAGAUGAACAUCAUCCGCAAGCGGAUCGACCUUGCUCGACUCGACGGUCUGGGCGAAGAGGGUCACGAAGCGCAGGAUCUGGUGCUCAAGAUGAUCUCUCACGAUCCGCGUCAGCGCCCCUCUGCAGCCGAAGUGCUGACCCACCCGUACUUUUGGGACCCGAACAAGCGGCUCAACUUCCUGCAAGACGCCUCGGACCGUUUCGAGAUCAUGGACAAGGAUCCGCCCACUCCGGCGCUCGUGCUGCUCGAAUCCAAGGCGCGCAACGUGCUUGGUACCGACUGGCACCGCCGCUGCGACAAGAUGUUCCUCGAGAAUCUCGGCAAAUUCCGCAAGUACGAUCCCGCGUCUGUGCAGGAUCUGCUCCGGGCCAUGCGCAACAAGAAGCAUCACUACCAGGAUCUGCCGCCGACGUUGAAGAAGAUUCUGGGAAGCUUACCGGAUGGCUACCUCAACUACUUUACGAGGCGCUUUCCGGAGCUGUUCCUGCACGUGUACAACACAAUCGUGGAUCAGCCACUGAUCAGGACGGAGCCGGUGUUUAGGGAGUACUUCCAUUGCGCCGAGCCCGAUCAUUAG